UUGUAUUAGUUGGAAGAGCAGGGGAGCAGGAAGAACGAGGGAACUCUUUCACCCAGUGCUGUGACUGUGGAUACCGGCCGUUCACUGCUCCAUUAAGGCAGAUGCGGAGUGAUCUGAGCUGGAGCAGGGCGCGCCAAAUCGUGAUUGUCUUAUUGUCUGCGAUGCCUGAAUCUUCACAGGCUGCAUUUACAAGGAUGCAUCAGAUGAUAAGUGCGCAAGGAUGCCUCCGUUGAACAUGGACAAACAGGGCGUCUGUUACAAUGAUGAAGGCUUCUUCCCUUUUGUUUUUUUUGGCCACCCACUGAAACACCGCACCGCUCGCCAUGGACAACUUAAACGCUCCUCUCGCCCAUUCCUAUGAAGAACAUUGCGCAGUGCAGUGAAAACGGGGAUAUCGUGUUGUGGGUUUCGAAUUGGCGGUGAGUAUAAUACCUAACGAGCUGCUAUUCAUCUGGGUAUCAAUUCCCAGUAUAGGCUGUAUACAUCCCGCAGAGCGUGUUGCUACACAGUCAAUGUAAGGAGCCUUGUCCAGUGGUGAGAGCCACUCUCCGAGGAUACAGAUGAGAGGCAAACAAUAUCAUCCACCACUGAAGUUGACAGCGCCUUGGGAGAAGGAUGCUGGCUUUGGGAGGAAGCUUAAAACCUACAGGAAUCAUACCAAGAUAAUAGCACAACCUGGGAUCGUGAUGAAAGUCCUCCGCAGGAAGAGGAUUGUGUUAUUUAUGGCCUACUUCUUACUGCUGGUCCUCACUAUGCUUAACUUGGCUAAUUAUAAAUGGACUAAAGAGCCUCAGCAGUGCAAUCAUCAGAUGAGGAGCACCACUUAUCAGGGCAGAUCUGAUAUUCGUUUCCUGUACAGGCCCUCUCUGGCCAAAAAGAGGCAGCUCAUCUAUGUGCUGACCACCUGGAGGUCAGGCUCGUCCUUUUUUGGGGAGCUUUUUAACCAAAACCCUGAAGUGUUCUUCUUGUACGAGCCCAUGUGGCACAUCUGGCAGAAACUGUACCCGGGUGAUGCAGUGUCUUUACAAGGAGCAGCCAGGGACAUGCUUAGCUCCUUGUACCGCUGUGAUCUGUCUGUUUUCCAACUUUACAACAGCCCCGGAGGCAAGAAUUUUACCUCCCUGGGACUAUUUGGGGCCACCCUCAAUAAAGUGGUGUGCUCCUAUCCCCUCUGCUCAGCCUACAGGAAAGAGGUGGUGGGGAUGGUGGAUGAUAAGGUGUGUAAAAAGUGCCCCCCUCAAAGCCUUAGACUGUUGGAGGAGGAGUGCCUCAAAUAUAACACCAUAGUCAUUAAAGGGGUACGCAUUUUGGACGUUAACGUGUUGGCCCCGCUCAUGGAGGAUCCAUCCUUGGAUUUGAAGGUGAUACAUCUAGUCAGAGACCCUCGGGCAGUGGCCAAUUCCAGGAUCAAGUCCAGACACGGCCUGAUAAGGGAGAAUUUACAGGUGGUCCGCAGCAGGGAUCCUAAACUUCGCCGGAUACCUUUUGUGGAUCCUGGUCACAAAGCCAACAAGAAGGAUGGCGCAGACUACCACUCCAUAGGAGCCAUGGAGGUGAUCUGUGACCGCACCUCCAGGACUUUGAGGACUGCCUUAAACCCACCCAGCUGGCUGAAGGGGAAAUACAUGGCCGUGCGUUACGAGGACCUGGUUGAGAACCCAGUUAAGACCUUGCGGAACAUCUACCGCUUUGCCAACCUCACCAGCAACCAUGACAUCGAGUCCUUUGCGCUGAACAUGACCAGCGGCUCCAGCUCCUCCUCUAAGCCAUUCAUAGUCUCGUCCAGGAAUGCAACACAAGCUGCUAGUGCAUGGAGAACAGUUCUCAGCAUUCAACAGAUUAAACAAGUGGAGGACUAUUGCCACCAUGACAUGUCUGUUCUGGGGUACGAAAGAGUCAGAACAGCUGGGGAGGCCAAGGACUUGAGCAAAUCACUACUGACACACUCCAAACUGUGAAAACCUUCUCGCCACCAAAGACCUUUUUAAUUUAAUGUUCAUUUUUGCAUCGAGUGCCGUUUCCUCUUAUUGUGGAAUUAAAGCUUUACUUUAAAUCUGUGUUGGAGGAGCUCCACUGGCCACAUUUGGAAUGUAUCAUGUUUCUCUCAGUUGAAUUGCAGUGGUAUUUGAAGGGACCACUUCUUUUAUACCGGAAUAUUGGAUGUGUUUGGCAAUGCAAGGCCUACGAACAAUGGCUUAAUUAGUGAAGCUGCAACAAUGAAAAAAACAACAACUGUAUACUUCAUGUAUCUUGUUAUGAUGACAUUUCAAAGUGGAUAUUUUGGGGUUAUUUUUGAAUGUUCCAAACCUUACAAAAAAAAAUCUGUUUUUUCAGUCUCCAUACUGUCUGUAAAAGUGAAAAUAGUUGAAAGAAAAAGAACAAAAAAACAAAACAAAGAACUGAUUUUAAAAGAAGAAAAAAAGCCAAUGUUUUUUUUUUUUUGUAAGAUCUGGUUGAAGUCAGAGACAAUCAUAAAUUGGUUUGUUGAUGUGCCAUAGGUAGAGGUGUGAUGACUUGGCUACAUCAGUGCUAUUUCUUAAAAAACAACAACGAUGUUUUGAUUUUUUUGUCACCAAAUCCUCAUAGGAUGAUAUCAGGCACUGUGGACGUUGUCAUGGCUCUGGAGCUGGAAAGUCUCCCUGUGUCAGUGUAAGCAGUCUGUUCUACCAUUUCAAAUGUUUACAAUUGCUUGCUCUUAUACAAACACAUGAUCUGGGAAUAUUGCAUUGAGUAAAGUCACAGUGAACGAGACAGUUUACGCAUCUGUGUUGUACAACUCAUGAUCAAAAACAUUCUACACCAGUGGUUUCUCAAAGACUGCUGCAUAAGACAAGGUUAAAAUACAAAUAAAAAAUGUAAUCCAA